AAAAAAUGGUGUAUUUAUUUUCUUCAAAUGGGGGUUUAAGCUUUUUUUCAGUUGUUUGGUUUUUUCUUUUUCAAAGGGUUUAAUGUCUUCUUCUUCUUCUUCUUCGUUAUUUCUAUUCUAGAAGAGAGAGAGAGAGAAAGACAAGGACGAUCGUUAAAUCUUUUUCUCUUAAAUCUUAGAAUUUCAAAGUCUCUGUAAUUUUUUUCUCUUUUCAUUUGUAUAGCACAAUUGUUCUUAAUCAGAGAUUCGUGAGAGGUAAAGGUAGCGUAAUUAUUCAGUUUGCGUGAUCUAUAAUUUAACUGGCGCCAGAUUGUGAUCCAGGAAUCGUUGGCUUGUUAGGUUGUUGUUUUGUUAUGCAUAAUUGAGAGAUGGUGGUCAAAAGGAAGUUAAAUUGUGGUGGCUCUAAUGGUUUUGAUUUCCCCAAUAUUCCCAAGGCUCCUCGUUCAAGCAGGAGGAAGGUCUCAGGUAAGAGAUCUGAUGAUGAAAGUGAGAUCUGUGCAAUUGAUUUGCUAGCUUCUCUUGCUGGAAAGUUGUUGGAAGAAAGUGAAAGUUCCUCAACGUCUACCUAUGCAUCUGAAGCUGAUAAUCUUGAUCAUUUGGGUGGACUGAUUAAGCAAGAACUUGAAGAUGGCUAUACUACUAAGCCUUGUAAAUCCGAGUUUUUCGAUCCAGGAAACCCUGCUUCAAAGUCUACUAGUGAAAAUACUAGCGUGACUUGUUUGCCAUUUUCGUCUUUCGAAAAUGAUUGCAUUUUGGAGCAAACACCGGUUUCUGAUUGUAAGAGGGCAUCUGGUUUGAAGUCCCUGGUAGGGAGCAUCACUGAGGAGACAUGUGUUGUUAAUGAGGAUGCCGGAUCUGAACAAGGUGCUAAUACUUUCAGCUUAAAGGAUCCAAGUCAAUUACAUUCGCAGUCUCCAGAAUCGGUCCUUCUGGAUGGCGAUGUGAAAUUAGCACCAUGCACGGAUCAAGUCCCUAAUGAUUCUUUUAAAGGAUAUAGGAAUCAUUCUAAGUUAGUUUGCAGAGAUGAUGACGAAAACUAUUGUAAGUAUUAUAAAUUUAGUGACAAAUGUAAGUCAUAUAGGCCUCUCUCCCGGGUUGGCAAUAGAAGAAUAAUGCAGUCGGUGAGAGCAAUCUCCAAGUUGAAGUGUUUUGAAGACACUAGAACAGAUGGUCGUUUGAAGGCUCUCUACCGCAAGAGAAAAUUAUGUUAUGGUUACAACCCAUGGAAGCGUGAGACCAUUCAUAGGAAGAGAAGAUUGUCUGACAAAGGUUUGGUCGUAAAUUAUGAUGGUGGGCUCAGUAGUGAAAGUGUUUCCAAUUCACCUGAAAAGGGAGAAUCAGAAAAUGGUGAUUUCUCUGCUGCAAAAAUAGGUCUUCUUUCGAAAGACUCCCGUGUAAAGUUCAGCAUCAAGUCCCUUAGGAUUCCGGAGCUUGUAAUUGAAGUUCCAGAAACAGCAACAGUAGGCUUACUGAAGAGGACGGUGAAGGAGGCGGUUACUGCUUUACUCGGUGGUGGAAUACGUAUUGGGGUGUUAGUCCAAGGGAAAAAAGUUAGAGAUGACAACAACACUCUAUCACAGACUGGUCUUUCGUGUAGAGAAAAUCUUGGCAACCUUGGCUUCACCUUAGAGCCUGGUUUGGAAACACUGCCUGUACCUCUUUGUUCUGAAACUCCUGUCCUUUCUCUGCCAACUGACUCUACAAAGUUGUCAGAAAGGUCCGCAGCUUCUCCAGCGUUAGAGACUGGAAUUCCUCUCCCUCCCCAAGAUGAAGAUUACUUGAUUAAUUUGGGAAAUAGUGUGGAGAACAAUGAUGAAUUAGUCCCACAUCUGAGUGACAUACCAGCUGAUGAACAACCUUCAUCAGAUUCAAGAGCGCUGGUUCCAGUUUUGGCCUUGGAAUCCGACGCUCUUGCACUUGUUCCAGUUAACGAGAAACCUAAGCGUACAGAGCUUUCACAACGCAGAACCAGGAGACCAUUCUCUGUUACAGAGGUAGAAGCUCUAGUAAGCGCAGUUGAAGAAGUUGGGACUGGAAGAUGGCGUGAUGUGAAGUUGCGUUCUUUUGAGAAUGCAAGUCAUCGAACCUAUGUGGACUUGAAGGACAAAUGGAAAACGUUGGUUCACACAGCAAGUAUAUCACCACAGCAACGAAGAGGAGAACCAGUGCCUCAAGAACUGCUAGACAGAGUCUUAGGAGCACAUAGGUACUGGACACAGCACCAAAUGAAACAGAACGGGAAACAUCAGGUGGCUACAACAAUGGUGGUUGAAGCAGGUUCGUCCAUGUAAAGAAGGAGAAUGGUAAUAACAAUAACUUUCACUUGACGACUAAGGAACCAAAGUGGGCAACUGUACAAAGGGAAACAACAAAAUACAGAAACAUACUUAAUUUCUGAAAAGAAGAGUCUAUAUUUUUAUUUUUUUUAAAUCAUAGCUGGUAGAAACAAGACGUUCCUUGACACUUUUGGUUACUUUUAUGGUAAGUCUGUUCAUUCCAAAUUUCUAAUUGAUUUGAUUAUGUAAUUUGGUGGUAGGACCAUGGAAAAAGGGGAAAUGUAAUUUUAGACAAUUCUUUUAUUUUUUUGUUCAUCAUUCCAUUCAAUCUAAUAUCUAUGGACUAUGGCAGUGACUGGUUUUCAUCAAUCUCUAAACCAUUUGACAAUACUUUGUC